AAAGUUUGCCAUCCUCUCUAUGCCUUGAAGACUGCAAGUGCAAAUUUGCUAGCUUCUCUCAAAACUCAAAAAAUAUUUGCUAUAUUCUGCUGCAUACACACACCACCCCACUACCUCAAAAAUCCAAAUAAACCACAUGCUCUCUUUCUCAUUUCCCUAUAUCUAUACAUCUUUUCAUCAUCACAACCACCAACCCUAUCUCUCAUAACACAAACUUCAAACUCUUUUUUUCUCUCUUACCCUUUAUUCUUCUUCCACUAAAACUCAAACUUUCUUCUUCAAACCUCAACUCAAAAACAUGAUCACUUUAACAGAUUUCUACCAUGUCAUGACAGCAAUGGUGCCACUUUAUGUAGCUAUGAUCUUAGCUUAUGGAUCAGUAAAAUGGUGGAAAAUAUUUUCACCUGAUCAAUGUUCAGGAAUCAACCGUUUUGUUGCACUCUUUGCAGUUCCACUUCUUUCAUUCCAUUUCAUAGCAUCAAACAAUCCUUACAAAAUGAACCUUAGGUUUUUAGCAGCUGAUACACUUCAAAAACUCAUAAUCUUAUGUCUUCUUGCUAUUUGGAGCAAUUUCUCCAAAAGGGGUUGUUUAGAAUGGACUAUAACACUCUUUUCACUCUCAACACUUCCAAACACUUUGGUUAUGGGAAUUCCUUUACUUAAAGGAAUGUAUGGUGAAUUUUCAGGUAGUUUAAUGGUACAAAUUGUUGUUCUUCAAUGUAUCAUUUGGUAUACUUUGAUGCUUUUCAUGUUUGAGUUUAGAGGAGCAAGGUUGUUGAUUUCUGAACAGUUUCCUGACACUGCUGGUUCCAUUGUUUCAAUCCAUGUUGAUUCUGAUGUCAUGUCAUUGGAUGGUAGAACACCAUUGGAAACUGAUGCUGAAAUCAAAGAAGAUGGUAAACUUCAUAUCACUGUUAGAAAAUCAAAUGCUUCAAGAUCAGAUAUUUACUCAAGAAGAUCACAAGGUCUUUCUUCAAAUACUCCAAGACCUUCUAAUCUUACUAACGCUGAAAUUUACUCUUUGCAAUCUUCUAGAAACCCUACACCAAGAGGUUCUAGUUUUAAUCAUACUGAUUUUUAUUCUAUGAUGGGUGGUGGAAAUGGAAGAAACUCAAACUUUGGUGCUAAUGAUGUUGUUAAUAACUAUGGUUUAUCUGCUAAUUCAAGAGGUGUUACUCCAAGACCUUCUAAUUAUGAAGAAGAAGCUAAUAAUAAUGCUAAGAAAUUCAAAAACUAUCCUGCACCUAAUCCAGGAAUGUUUUCUCCUACUAAUAAUAAUAAUGGUAGCAAAAAUCUUGGUUCUAAUGUUAGUGUUAAUGCUAAGAAGAGUAAUGGUCAAAGUCAACAGAAACAAGAAGAUCUUCAUAUGUUUGUUUGGAGUUCUAGUGCUUCACCUGUCUCUGAUGUGUUUGGUGGACAUGACUUUGGUGCUCAUGAUCAGAAAGAAGUUAAAUUGAAUGUGUCUCCUGGAAAAGUGGAGGGUCAUAGAGAAACUCAAGAGGACUAUUUGGAGAAAGAUGAAUUCAGCUUUGGUAAUAAAGGGAUGGAAAGGGAAAUGAAUCAACAUGAAGGAGGUGAGAAAGGUGGAGAUGGAAAAUCAAAAGUUAUGCCACCAGCUAGUGUGAUGACAAGGCUUAUAUUGAUUAUGGUUUGGAGAAAACUUAUCAGAAAUCCAAACACUUAUUCUAGCUUAAUUGGUCUCACUUGGUCUUUGGUUUCAUUCAGGUAUCAUAUUGAAAUGCCUGCCAUUAUAGCAAAGUCUAUUUCCAUUCUGUCAGAUGCAGGACUUGGCAUGGCUAUGUUCAGUCUUGGUUUGUUCAUGGCUUUGCAACCAAAAAUCAUAGCAUGUGGAAAUUCCAUUGCAGCUUUUUCAAUGGGUGUGAGAUUCCUUGUUGGUCCAGCUGUCAUGGCAGCUGCUUCAUUUGCUGUUGGACUCAAAGGUGUUCUCUUUCAUGUUGCCAUUGUUCAGGCAGCUCUUCCACAAGGAAUUGUCCCAUUUGUCUUUGCUAAAGAAUAUAAUGUACAUCCUGAUAUUCUAAGCACAGGUGUCAUUUUUGGAAUGUUGAUUGCAUUACCCAUUACUCUUGUGUACUACAUUUUAAUGGGGCUAUGAAUGAAUGAAUGAAAUGAAAUGAUGGAUAUGAUUUCAUAAGAUUCACGUGUGGUGAUGGCAUAUUCCAUGCAAUGACUUGGUUGGUUGAAGAUUGUUGAGCAUGCCACACACAAAAGAGAGAAAGAUAAAAAAGUGUUAAAGGAGUAGAAAAGCAUCACGAGAAUUUGAAUAGGAGGAAGCCAAGAAUUUAUUUUACUUUUUCUAUCUUUGUAUUUGUUUUUCCCUUUUUUUUUUUAAUGAACUAUCAUUUCUUAGUAAAAAUGUAAAAUCUUGAUUGUAGCUAGCUAAUUUACAAAAUUAUUAUCUUGUUAAA